AUGCGCAACAACGAUGACCCGAACAGCCUCGUGAACGGGGCUGACACCUCCUUUAGGGAUAGCGUCGGAGCGUGGAAACGCCGUGAUUGGCCGAGGGUGGCCGGGGUCGAUACACUGCGUCCUCUGUCUUUCCUACUGGUCCAUAGCAAGGCAUCAUGGCGAGGUUUGGCAGUCGGGUGGUCUCCGCCCUCGAGCUGGAGUCCAGCCAGGACUCGCGCUGGUCCAACGAAGAUCUGCUUCCCACUCCUCCGGAGCAGUGCAGUAAGUCUUGAACUUGACCCAGUGCCUGCUCAUGCCAGUGCUAAUGAUGCAGCCUGGCGCUGGUGGAACUAUGUCUCGUUCUACUGGUCCAUUUCCUUUACCAACUGGACCUUGGGAUCGACCAUGAUCGGUAUCGGUCUCAACUGGUGGCAGUCGAUUAUCGUCAUCUUCGUCUCCCAGCUCAUCUCAUCCGUCGCCAUGGCAUUCAACUCGCGCGCCGCCAGUGUAUAUCACCUUGGUUUUCCCUGCGUCGGGCGCAGCGUGUUCGGCAUGUGGGGGAGCUACUACUUUGUGGGUGCGCGAGCGGUGUUAGCCAUCGUGUGGUUUGCCAUUCAGAUGGACUUUGGCGCCGAAUACAUGUAUAACAUCCUGCGGGCGAUUUUCGGUCACCACUACACCGAUAUCCCCAACCACAUCCCAGCCAGCGCAGGUAUCACCACGCAGAAGAUGCUGGCCUUCUUCCUCUGCUGGCUGGUGCACCUGCCCUUCUGCCACUUCCGUCCGUACCAGCUGCGCAAGUUCUUCAUUUUCAAGACCUUCAUUUCCCUGCCCGCCAUGUUCGGAUUGUUCAUUUUCGCCAUGGCCAACACCAAGGGUCAGCUGGGGACCAUGUACACGGCUGAGGCACGGUCCACGACGGCAACUGCCUGGAUGAUUAUCGCGGGAAUCAACAGUGGCUUGGGUAAUACGGCCACGUUGAUCACCAACCAACCCGACUACUGCCGUUGGACAAAAACCCGCAACGCCCCGCUCUGGACCCAAUUGCUCUCAAACCCGAUCGCGGUGACGCUCUCAGCAAGUCUGGGUAUUCUGGCGACAGCCGCCAUCAACAACAAAUACGGCACCGAUAUCUGGAACCAAUGGGACAUGAUGGAGUUCAUCCUGGACCACUACUGGUCCGGCACGACCCGAUUCGCCGUGUUCCUCGUGGCCUUUGCCUGGCUGGUGCAGAUCCUCGGAACCAACAUUGCGGCCAACAUGAUUUCCUUCGGUGCGGAUUCGUCCAUGCUGUUCCCGCGCUUCAUCAACAUGCGUCGCGGACAGUACAUUGUGCAGACUCUCGCGUGGGCCGUCGUGCCGUGGGAGAUUCUCACAUCGGCGACGAAAUUCGAGGACUUUUUGUCCGGGUAUGCGUUGUUCAUGGGCGCUGUUGUGGCCAUCAUGGUGUGCGAGUACUUCUGCUUCGCCAAGGGCAACAUCUUCCUCUCGUCCCUGUAUGACGGCACAAAGCUCAACAAAAACUACCGAUACUACGGCGGGUGGAACAUCCAAGCCGUUAUCGCGUACAUCAUUGCUAUUGCACUGCCAUUCCCUGGCUUCGUCGGCUCCCUCGGCGCCAGCGUCUCCACCACUGCGACCCGCAUGGGCGACCUCGGGUGGAUCCUCUCCUUCACCACCGCCUUCGUGAUGUACUACAUCAUCUGCACGUUCUGGCCCACGGAGAACCAGAAAUUGAUCCAGAAGCAGGGGUUGACGUGGGAGCAGACGGCCAAGGAUACGGACCCGCAGGACUUUUAUCUGAAUGGGGCGGGACUUGGGGGUGUGGAUGAGCCGGUGGCGGCUCAUCAGCAGGUGGUUGUUGAGAAGGGGGUGAAGGAUGUAUAA